AUGUCUUUCCCUCAGCUGGGGUACCCCCAGUUCCUCAGCGCCGCCCAUGAGGUGUACGGGGGCGAGCGGCCGGCCUCUGCCCGGGAGGGAGCUGCCGAGGGCGGCUUGAGCUCCUCUGCCACCGCCGCGGCUGUCGGCUCCAUGCUGGGGAUGUACGGGAGCCCGUGGGUGGCUCACAACUACAGUGCCUUUCUGCCGUACAGCGGAGCCACAGACCUCGCCCUCAUCUCCCAGAUGGGCUCCCAGUACGAGCUGAAGGACAGCCCGGGCUCCCACCCGGCCUCCCUGCCGGUCCACGCCGCCCAGGGCUUCUACCCGUACGGCCAGUAUCCGUACGGGGACCCGUCGAGGGCCAAGACGGCCACGCGGGAGACCACCAGCACCCUGAAGGCCUGGCUGCAGGAGCACCAGAAGAACCCGUACCCCACCAAGGGGGAGAAGAUCAUGCUCGCCAUCAUCACCCGGAUGACGCUCACACAGGUGUCGACGUGGUUCGCCAACGCGCGCAGACGCCUGAAGAAGGAGAACAAGGUGACCUGGGGCCGCAGCGCCGAGGACCGGGACGGCCGCAUCUUCAGCAGCGACAACGAGGACGAGCCCGAAAAGAACGGCAGCGACGACGAAGACGAAGAUGAGGAGAUCGAUCUGGAAACUGUGGAUAUCGAGAGACCCGAGGAGCAGUGCGCACAGGAGGAGCAGGGCUCCGCCAAAGCCGAGGCCGAGGCGGGCCUGUCCGCCAGAGAGCAGGCCUCGGAGCCUCGGAGCUCCGACAGCGGCAGGACGCUUUCUGUGGAGGGCCUGAGAGGAGUGGAGGCGGCCAUUUCUCUCAAUAAAUCGCCCGUUGUCAAACUCGCAGUGGAUCAUUCUCCCAGCAGACAGGAGUGCCAGAGACCGGCUCAGAGCAAGCCCAAAAUCUGGUCCUUGGCCGAGACUGCCGCGGCCCCGGACAGCUCUCACAAACCUUCCCCUGCGGCCCAUGCGCAUCACCCGGCUUUGGCCUCGGCCGGCCACCCGGCCUUGCUCCCGGGUCAUGGGAUAUAUACGUGCCAGAUUGGCAAGCUUCACAACUGGGCCAACGCGGCUUUUCUGAACGCCAACUCUCUUUUGAACAUGAGGUCGCUCCUCGGCGGGGCGCCGGCCGGACACCUGCCUCUCCACGGCGCGGUGCCGGCUGCGCGUCAUGACGCACGGCCGGUGGCGGCGGCGGCGGGCCCGGGGACCUCGGGAACGGAGGAUGACAGUGAUGUCGAGUCGUCGGGAAGCUUCAGUCCAAAAAGAGAUGACGAAGAGAGCGACCACAGGCCCGACUCCCUGAAGUUCCAGCUGAUCACUGACAGACCUCACCAUGGCACAGCAUCACAACGAGUCCUGACAUCAACGUUAUGA